UCCCUUUGUUUGUAUCAUCCUAUCCUAUCCACUAACACUUGCUUUCGCAGCAUUUGCCAUUUGCCAUCUUCUCUCUCUCUCUCUUUCAAAUUUCACAAAAAUGGUGGCUUUGGUUUCCCAAGAUAACGUUGUUGCAUUGGUUUCUCGUACAGGCAGGGAGUUCCAGCGCUACAGAAAAGGUCGUCGCCAAGUUGUUGGAUGCAUACCAUACAGAUAUAAAAUUGGUGAUCAAACCUCCUUGGAUGCACCACAAGAAUUAGAUUUAGAAGUUUUGGUUAUUACUUCUCAGAAAGGCAAAGGGAUGCUAUUUCCUAAGGGAGGGUGGGAAUUAGACGAAUCCAAAAAGGAGGCAGCUUUGAGAGAAACCAUAGAAGAAGCAGGGGUACGUGGCACUGUUGAGGGUAAAUUGGGCAAGUGGAGUUUCAAGAGCAAAACUCAUGAUACUUUUUACGAAGGCUACAUGUUCCCUCUACUUGUUGAAGAGCAAUUAGAGUUGUGGCCAGAACAGAAUCUUCGUCAAAGAAAAUGGAUGAGCGUUUCUGAAGCAAGGGAAGUUUGUCAACACUGGUGGAUGAAAGAAGCUCUAGAGAGACUAGUAAACCGUCUCAUGGUUCGGAAACUUGGUCGUGUGAGACAAAUAGUAGGUUCUAUACACUGCAUAGGAGAUGCCAAAUCUGACUUGUAAACACUUUUAGCUUUUCUUGGACGGCAUCAACUCAGGAACAGGAAUAGUACAAUACAAACAAGUGAUGGAAUUACAACAAAAUGCAUGAUACAAUUAGAAUAUAAAAAUAGUAAUAGAAUGUGUCAAUUCCCCCCCAUUAGAAAAUGUGCGAAUGCACUGCAUCUGUAUAGUGAGACUUGUGAAAAUCCAUUCUUCAAUGAACAAUUUCCUGUUGUUGUUGGGGUAAUUUGUGGGGGUUAUAACUUGGUGUGAUAAAGAGGAAUUAUAUUUGUAUUUUAAAGUUAUGCAACUUCUUUUAUGACAGUUAUAACUCAGAAAAUGUUGUGGGAAAAAGAAGAAUGAAUAAUGUAGACUUUUUUUAGGUAGGGAUAAGGCUUUUAAGUUGGGAUAAGUAGGGAUGAAUAAUAUAGAGUGUGAAAUGUUGCAACUUAUUACUGUAUCAUAUGGUUAACGUGUCUAGAAAUUUGAUGUUC